AAUAUCCGUUAUUUCACAGGAUUGGGAGAAGGAUAUUUUGAGGAGUUUCGCGAAGAGAACCGAUGAAUUCAACUUCCGGCAGUGGAUUGAUGAGAUUAAGGCAAAACGGGAUACACAGAAAAUUGUCCAGAAGACAAAGACUCCAUCUCCUGCUCCUCAUGCCCUCAAGCAUCCAAUUGGGAUUGUCCAGAGAGCUCCACGGGGGAAAAUUCCCCACUUGGAGGGUACCAUGUAUGGGCCAUUCCCACGUCCCCUUGCCAGGGAUAGUCUAACACAGAGUCAUGAUAAGUUCUUCAUUCCGCACACAAUGACAAAGCGUGCUGAAGAGUACUUCCGGAAGAGGAAGGUGCAAAAUAGAACAUUGCGACGUGCUAGGUUGCUCCACAUGAAGACACCCCUUCCACCGGCGAGUGAUUGCUCAUCGGAUGAUAGUGUUGAGAAUGUGAAGAGCUUAACACUCAUUAAGACACCCUAUUUUGUCAUUCCGACCUUCAGAUAUGUUCCCAGGAAGAAGAAGGAACGUCUCCGGAAUCGUUUUAUGAGUCAGAAUCAAUUGCGACGCAUCCGGAUGUUACUGUACGAUCGUUCACGGAUGCAGGUGCCGAAAGUAGCGGAAGUUGAAGUUAAAACCCCGCUGGAGGAUGCUGCGGUGGGAGCUGGAGGAGCCAUUGGGGGGAAGCAUAUUGAAAAAUUCAAAAGUCUCCGCGUGCCUGAUACAUCCCGCCGGGCACGCUACAGGAACUUCAUCCGGGAGUGCUACUGGGAGAAGUUGAAGGAAUUCGAGGAAACGUAUGGAAAACCAAAGGACACGAUUUCCUUUGAGAACUUUAAGCAAUCCACCAGGGUUGCUUCCAUGACGAGUAGCUUGCAGAAUCGAGAUGCUGAUGCACCAUCAGCUGAAGCAGCUGGACCUGCUGAUAAGAAGAAGAAGAAGCCGCGAGUGAGGUAUCACAUCCCCCAACCUCCACCAGUCUUCAACAGGAAGCGUCAUUUGAGGACAACAUGCAAUGAAUCGAGCUUUGGGCCACUCUACCUCGAUCCGCAUUUCAUGGAAAAAUUCCGGAAGCCACGUUCUUUUACGAGAUUCCACAAUUUCUACACGAGCACCCUGAGAGAUCGUCCGGAAGCACGAGAUCGUCUCUAUGUGACAUCCCGUGCCUUUGAGGAGGAGAAAUUUGGCUUCGACAGGAAGUACCUCCAUCGCCUUGCCACAGAAUGGGAUGAGAAUUUCAUAACAGAUCUCCAGCAGAGACCACCAGCGAGGAAAUUUUGCGUCAAGAGUGACAUCCUGGAGCUCCGGAAUGCAACACGGAAGAUCUUUUCCAUGUACUACACAACGGAGAAUAUGCUGAAUUUGCUGGAGCAGCAAAAAGCCGAAGAGGCGGCCAUUGAGGAAGUUGAGAACUUCUCAAAUGUCUGCUCAGACUUCCUCACAAACAUCAAGAAUGAUUCGUAUGAUCGUGUGAUCCGGAAAGCUCAGGCACUGAAGCCACUGCAGGAGAAGACAAAUGUGCUGAAGCUUCAAGUGGAGGAGUUGAAGGCUGAACUGGAAUUCAUCACAGAGUCCGUGCUGGAGGAGGAGCGCAAAUGGGAUACCCUGAUGAAGCUCCAGAACUACUAUUACCUCCUCAUGGAGCCUGAAUGGCGCAAAGUCAACGAUUGGAUUCAUCGCACGGCAUCCGGAGAGCUUCAUGAGGCCGUUGACAUAAUUGAGAUGUGCUCCGUGAUAAAUGUGCGCAAGAAGACAUCCCCCGGAAGUAUCCGGGAGUACUUUGAAUGUGAAAUCUUCCCAAAUAUUGAGCGUAUGAAGGGUAUCCAGCCUGAACCGCAGCUCCUCCGGAAUGGCUUGCAAACGCUCAAACAGAAAGUCUUCACAUCGCUCAAUCAGUACAAUAAGACCAUGUGGAUGUAUGAGAUCUUCCUGCGUCAGGUGAAUGGGCUCAGAGGUGCCUUUGUGCGCUCUGAAACGCAACAGCGGAAGAUGAUGAAGUUUCAGGGCGCCAAGGAGAACUUCCUCGCCGAAAGGGCAUACAUACUGAGCUACGAAGUGAAGCAAGUUAUGGGGAAGCCUCUAGAGCGGAGCGUCAAGAGCCCCACGGCCACGAGGAUUAAGAUUAAGGCAAUUUGCAAUCAACUCUAUGAUUUUAUCGUCCCCCAUGGGCGACGAUGCCCGCAGAUUGAUGACCAAAUGACACCAAGUGAGAAAUUCGCCAAGCUCCAUGACUACGUUAUGGAACUCCUGCAUCAACUGGACCGGAUUCCCAUUGCUAUCCUCCAUAAGACGGAGAAGGAUAUUCGCCGGGAGCAAAUGUGCCUCCACAGGGAGGCUCAAAAGGCCGUUGUCAAGCAGAAUCGCUUUGAAUUGUUGCAAAAACAAAUCCGGGGGCACUUUGAGAGCUCCCAGAAGUAAUUUUUCCAGCUUUUCCAGCUUUCAGAGCAAAAAUUCUUUCUGAG